UUUCAAGUUGGGGGACUGAUGCAGCAAGCUCAUUGAACUCGCACCAGCAUGAGUGAUGUAAUAGUAUUGUUGGCCUGGCCAUUAGCUGAUGAGUGAGUCUCUUAACCUUGCAAAGCAUAAUCUCAUCAAUACCAAAUGUGAAGGAGAAGCUUAUCUACGAUGCACGCUCUAAAAUCUGCAUCAGUAAUAUUUCCUUCGAAGCCGCGGAUAUCGUAAUAUGGCAAAGUAUGUUCAAACCAUAAGCCUGCAAUAAUUUUAGGUGCCAUGCCUCCAGUUCGCAAGUCAGACCUGGAAAAAGUUCGCUCAGGUCCAUAUUUGAGCCAGUCUGUUAACUUGGCGGUGAGAAAGCCAGACAUUGUACACAACAAACUAAGUAGCAGCUGCUUUGGAGCAAUCAGGACUACUAAAGAUAAUGACAAUGACCUGACGAGCCUUAACUGGCUCAGYCGUAAUGAUGUUUUACGGGGAUUUCAUGUUGGGUCCUCGGUCCCCCCUAUGUCACCUCCUAGAGACGGUGAGGGGGACUAUGCAAAUGAACUUGACCUAGUACAACAUGGUUCUGCAGAUGGCUUUUUGAACAAACAGAAGACACCAACAAAGCCUCCAUACUCAUUCUCGUCACUGAUUUUUAUGGCAAUUGAAGAGUCUCCUAAUAAACGGUUGCCAGUAAAGGAUAUAUACAACUGGAUAAUGGACAGAUUUCCAUACUUCAGAGAUGCAAGGCUGGGGUGGAAGAACUCAGUGAGACAUAAUCUCUCACUCAAUAAAUGUUUYAAGAAAGUAGACAAGUUUAAAGGUGGAGUUCAGAAUGUUGGUAAAGGCUCUUUGUGGACAGUGGAUCCAGAUUACAGGCCAAAUCUUGUUCAGGCAUUAAGAAAAACACCAUCUUACAAUGCAUACCAUCACUUACUGUCUACGCCCCCUCCAUCUCCACAAAAUGGAUCGACUACCCAUCUUGUAAUGAAUGGAAUAAAUGGAAACAGCAAGUUUGAUUCAGCAGAUGUAGAUCCUGAUGCAGAGGCUGAAGCAGUUGCCACUAUGUGUUUGAUUGCAACACCACCAGAAAUWAGAGCUGCUGAAAUUGUACGGUGCCAGUCCUGCCCACCAUCAGCAAUUGAGGAAGAUUCUCUCGUAAAACGAGCAAAAGCAUAUUUCUACAAACAACGAGGGUCAUUUUCUGGUCUACCUACUAUGGCCAACAACAUYUAUAGAAGAAAUAUUGGACGUGGUUUUUCAGCAUCACUUGGUAGCCUACUUGAAGCUUCCAAGCUAAAAGAUUGCAAUAUUUCUCCAGACUCUUCUUUUGAUGGUGAAUUUGAAUUUGACCAUCAGUCAGAAUCUGAAGAUGAAAAUGAGGACAGUGAUAUUGAAGAAAACAUGAAGAGAGUGAUAAAACGUGACGAGCUUAGUGACAGCGGUUGUGGUCAGGGGUUUGAAGAAGAAUUCGAAGGCCAUAACAUCAAGAAUGGCUCUAGCAAAAGAAAAUGUCGAAAAACCAAACAAGCAAAACUUAAUGAUUAUGCUGGAGCAGAUGCUCUGUUGAGUUUAGCAAACACGGCAUGUAAUUUGAUUAGCUCCAGAGAGGGUUCACCAAGUCCUGUUGUUGCACAGUCACCCAAAUGUGUCACAGCAUCAAGCUAACAGUUGGAGAUCCACAGAAAGACAAAUGGAAACACUCUGAAGCCCUAUAUUAGAUGAGGGCAGUGAAGGCAUAAACCAAGUUAUAGGUAACUUAUCAAUCGAGGUCAAUUCAAGACACAUCAAAAACAAUCCUGGAUUAUUUAAUGAUACAUCUAAAACUGGCUUAUAUAAGGCAACGUGUUAUUGGGCAAUUAUAAAUCCAAUCAAUGGACCUUUUGAUUAUAUUGACAAAUGCUUUUAAACGGCAUUGAAUAAGGAAACAUAAAAUGAUUCAGCUUUUAAGAAUUCUAAAGUUUCAUAAAUUACAAAACAUUUUAGUCAGAACGCAUCAAAAUUAUAUUCUAGUUUAUUUUUCUCAACAAAAAUCCCAAUACAGUAAAACAAAAAAAAAGCUGGUUGAAGACAAUGAGAAAAAAUAUGGUUACGGUUGCAAACUGAUUUGAUGAGAUCAAAAAUCGAAUUUUAAGUUUCAAACAAAAAGAAGGAAUAAUAUUAAGCUUAUGUUCAAAGUGUACUAAGAAAAUAAAGACCAAAUUUGUUAAAGUUAAAUUAAAUUUAUUAGAGUACAAAACGAAAUAUAUUAUGUUACAUAUAUUCCGUACAAAAUAUUAUAGGAUAAAUUUAAUAAGAUAUGGAAAAGCAGCAAGAGCACYUGACCUGUCAGUAGACCACGCUGGCGAAAAUAUUACAAGGCUACGAGUAAAGCUUAGUUAUAAAAUAAGCUUAAGUCUUACUAAAUCUAUUAAGCUUAGCUGCAUACUAGUAAAAUCUCCGUCGAUAUACAAAUUUACAGUUCAACGACAACAUCAUAUUCAAUCAAUGUCAAGUAAAUACUCACCGUUUGUAGUUUUAUAGAAAAAUUGGUUUGCAUAGCAUUUCAAUUCCAAGAGAUUUCACAGAGAAUUUUUUUCAAUAUGGCGAAGAUUAUUUUUGAAAGCUCAGAUGGCGGCAAAAUGUGAGAAACCGCAUGCCAUGGGUACUGCUGUCCAAAUGACACGUGAUUCAAAUGAAAUUUUUUUGCUGCAGGUCCUUCAUUUUACUAGAAUAUAAUUUUUCAUAUUUUGCGUUUUUAGGGAAAAUAUUAAAGGCAAUCUAACAAACCGACAACUAUUUAAAAGAACAAAUUAGUAAUCCACAAUACAYUCUUAUUUCGUUCGAAUGAGAACUGACUUAGUUGUAUUCUAAACAUGAYGUUCAGUUAUGACAACUGAUCGGAAUUUGAAUAAUAGAUUUUUUAUCUGGAGCGGACAAAAACCGUGAGCCCUGAACUUUAGAAUUAUUUUUUAAAGUAUAUUUUGGUAAAUUUCAAGAUAUAUUAGUCAGCAAGUGGUAUUAUACAUACGCUGAUAAAAAAGGGAAAAAUUUUCAUAUUCAUUGAACUCMAUAUUCAUUCGUAUUUUGUAUAAGAGAAGGCCCAAUUAUUAGAAUCAUAGUGAUUAYGUAUAGCAGUUGAUGCUAGAUAAUGUUAGAUGUACAAGAUUAUUAAUGUAAAUAAAUGGCCAAAAUAAAGUUGGUGAUUUUUAUUGUCCA